AUACCAUCUCUAACUCUAAGCUCAACGAAAACACCACCAAAAGAACUCUUAUUUAUAUUUGUAUUAAACAAAUUGGCUAAUUAGCAACAAUUGACUUGCCUGACUUCGUGCGUAGCCUAGGACUAUCCGCAUAGAAAAGGAUGGUUGUUCUUAAAAAGCUCUAGGCAGAGACGGAGCGCGGACGGUGCUCGAAAAGUAUGUACACUCUUUGAUGGGCGUUGAAAUUAUAAACAAAUGAACUCCAAGUGUCCGUGGAGAGAAUGUGGCAGCGCAAAGCAGAGACGGUGGUUAGCCCUAGCGGAGAUGUGUAAGGUUUCCGAUGCUAAUCUGGUCGUUAGCUUUUCCCAAUGGCGAUGAUGCCCAUCUGCUAGGCUCCAUCUAAACUAAUCCAAAGGUGUUUGGGAUCUAUCCUAAGAGUAUCGAAACCAAAAGUAAAAUAAAGUAAAAUAAAAACAAACUACCACCAGUACAUCGUAGAAAUAUUAAUAACCCCGAACCGUAAACUUAGAAAAAAGCUGGUGCCGGUGUCCAAGAAAAGCCCUAGAUAUCAGUACAUAAUUAAUCUUAAAAUGGUGCGCAGCCGUCGCAGUCUCUCCAAGGAGGAUGCCGUGUCCCUGCUUACCGACAGCGGUAUCUCAUUGUCAUCGCCGCCUUCAUCUGCGGCGCGUGGCUCCUCGCCAACCACCUCGACGUCGACUCUCAUCAAGCGCAGGAAGAGCAGCCUCACCAGCCUGCAGGAUGCCUACGCAGAGGAAGACACCGAGCAGGACUCGAAGGAUGCAGACUAUGUUCAGCCCACGCCCAAGAAGUCUACGCGCAAGUCUGAGCCAGGGCGCCGCAAGCAGCACGUGUGCAGCCAUUGCUCCAAGGAGUUCGGGGGCAAGACUGAUCUACAGCGCCACUUGCUGAUUCACUCGGACGAGCGGCCGCACAAGUGCGUGGAUUGCGGAAAGUGCUAUCGCCAGGCGGUGAACCUGAAGAACCACAUAACCACUGCACAUGAGCACAAGAAGCAGUUCGUCUGUGCCGAGUGCCCAAAAUCGUUUGCCCUCAAGGAGCGACUUAGGCUGCAUAUGCGCCUGCAUUCGGGGGAGAAACCGUACCAGUGUCCCAUCUGCGACAAGCGAUUCGCCAGGGGAGGUCAGCUACAACAACACAUGGUGUCCCAUCAUAAGACGUGUAUACAGCAGUUCAACUGCACCAAAUGCUCCGCCAGUUUCUCAACGAACGCCAAUCUGCGAGUGCAUAUGGUGCGCCACGAGCAGGGCAUGGAGCACCGGUGCAGCAUCUGCGAGAAUCAGUUUGCCAAUGAGCUGGCCCUACGCGCCCACAUCAACCAGAAGCAUCACAAGCUCACGCAGUUCGAGUGCGAAAUUUGCCACAAAAUCAUAGAGCCCGACGAGGACCUAGCCACCCAUAUGCUGAAGCAUGCGGCUAUCAAGACCCAUGUGUGUGAAGUGUGCAAUUCGUACUUUACCCAAAAGUCUCAGUACAACGUCCACAUGAGGAUGCACACGGGCGAGAGGCCAUACCAGUGUCGAAUCUGCCACCAAACCUUUGCCCACUCCAGCGUGCUCAAGCUCCACAUACGCAAGCAUACGGGUGAGAAACCAUUCCGUUGCCAGCUGUGCACGGAUGAGGUGGCCUUCUCGCAGUUGGCGCAUCUCAAGAACCACAUGAAGAAGAUACACAAACAGCAGAAGCCGUAUAUGUGCGAUGGGUGCCAUGAGUUUUUCAAGAUUAAGGUGGAACUGCAGGCGCAUGCCGAGCAGUGUGCCAAGUGUCCGGCAGCCGAAGAAGAUAGCACGGACAGUCAGUCAGACGAUACUCUGGUCCUCUCCACCAUACGCUUCAACAUGGCCGUGAUCCUCAAAAAGAUAAGCUCUGCCCAGAAGCUGCGUCAACUGGGCUAUGAGAAGCGGUUAAUUGAUAAUGUCAUCAUUGCCUCAUUGAAAUUGGCCCAGCGUCCCACGCACGACGAUGCCAAGCUGACGCCUCUGGCCAGGCUUCUUCUGAAUGUGGAGGAGUUCCUGAAUUGGAUUGUGCCAGCCCCUACCAUGAAGAAAUUCAGCGAAGAGCUGCUCUCCAUCACCACCAUUCUGGACAAGAUUGCCACCAUGUAUAUGAAGCAGAAGUAGAAAUCAGGAAGAUAGGAAAGUGUGCCAUAGAUGGAGACGAAUAAGAAAGAUUUUUAGGAAUAGUUCUUGCCAUUUGAUUUAGAGCUUAGGAACACACAGUUGUAGAAUGAGAAAACCAACCAAAUGUUUGAACCCAAAGAUGUUUACCAAUUACCUUUCAGUAACUAAUUGUAGUCGACCUUAAAAUAAUUGCAGCUACCAAAUAGGAGUAUAUUUUGAAAAAGUUGAUCCUGAAACGCUUCCCUUUUGCGGAUUGUAGAGUUAAGCUUAGCAUAAAUAUUGUCUAAUGUUUCUAUGCAAUAAUUGUUAUCCAACAGAAACCGCUGUAAUUAAGUAAACCAAAGUUGAAUUCGAUUUGUAAUUAGUCUUGCCAGAACGGAAGAGUGCUUAGCGUUGGUCGAGCCUCUCAAGCUUGAUUAAAUUCAAUGUGGCCAUGCAUAUAUUACGAUUAAGGUAUUUCGUUAGUUUCUCCUCACCUUGCCCCUUUAGGCUGACACUAAUGCACGAAAUGUACAAUCAUUUGUGUGAAGAGUGCAAAUAAGAAUAAAUAGAUGUAAAUGAAAA